UGUGUCAAAUGUCAAUAUCAAAAAGUUUUUUUCAAAUAAAAUUGUUUGUUGACUUUAUUGAUUUCGUGCUUUCUUCAAAAUACGAAAUUCCUUGGAAACAGUGAUACACACAAUAGUAUUCAUAUCAAAAAAUUAAGUUCAAGAGUCUAGUUAGCAAUGGCAACUGCUGUGGCUGUAACGGCCGCAAAGAAGAAUGUAGGCGCUUCUAAUGCACCCGCAACUGGAGUCCGGAAGAAAUCCGGACCCAAGUUUGAACUAUCAGAAGAACAACGCAGAGAUAUAAAAGAGGCAUUUGAUUUAUUUGAUACAGAAAAUACUGGGAAAAUUGAUACGAAAGAGCUAAAAGUUGCUAUUCGAGCUUUGGGUUUUGAGCCUAAGAAGGAAGAAAUUAAGAAAAUGAUCUCUGAAAUUGACAGGGGUGAUGGCAAAGUUUCUUUUGAAGACUUCCUUGAUCUGAUGACUGUCAAAAUGGCUGAUAAAGACACCAAGGAAGAGAUUAUGAAAGCAUUCAAAUUAUUUGAUGAUGAUGAGACAGGUAAAAUAUCCUUUAAGAAUCUAAAGCGGGUAGCCAAAGAAUUGGGAGAGAACUUGACAGAUGAAGAGUUGCAUGAGAUGAUAGAUGAAGCAGACAGGGAUGGAGAUGGAGAAAUAAACCAGGAAGAGUUCCUCAGAAUAAUGAAGAAAACAAGCUUGUAUUAGAUGGUACUGAAAAUCUUAAUGUGUGUGAAAUGUGUCAAUAACGAAUUUUGGAAACUGGUAGCAAAUGUUCUUAAAAUACCUAAUACUUGCCACUUGAGUAGAAGUACUUUCACUUUAAGGCAGUUUUAUUUUGCAAUCUAGUUAAUGGAUAUUCCAUCCUAAGAAAAAUAAAUGCAGCAUUCCAAAAUUCAAUGCAAUCUUGGCAGUAUAAGCAUGGCAUAUUAUUUGCAUAGAAACUAUUGAAACAAGAUAAAGUUCUUUUUACUUGCACUACUCAAUAGUUGAUUUUAGCCAACUGCAGUGAACACCAUAAUGGCACAAAGUUAUACUUAUUAAAUUUAUGAAGAAGGUACAAAAGUGAUGAUUUUAGUAAUUCAAAUACAUAUCUGAUCUAUAAUUAUAUUUAAAUUGACCACUAUCAUGAGCUAUAAAAUGAACUAUUUUAACACGCCUAAUACCCUAACUCAUAAUAUUAUGUUAUCAUGACUGACAACCACUGAAACUAAAACCAGUUAGAUAAAAGUUAUAAAUGUCCUAUGAUAGAUAAAGGUUCAAAAAGUCAAGCUGAUAAUAUUAUUUAAUUUAAAAGAUAGGAUCUGAUUACAUUUACAUUUGUUAGUACAUAAUAUUAUUUACCUAUGCCUUAUUUGAGCUUGAAAUAGAGCCAACCAAUAAUUGAUUUCUUCACAUGAUUAUGGUCGAUCUUUUUAAUAAUGUUACCUAAUUUCAAUCAAUUUCAUGUGUAGUUAAUCAACCCAUUUGCUCUCUAAAAUUUUAGCCCACAUCAGUAUUUUUUAUUAGUCAUACUUAAUUAUUUAAUAUUAAAAUUUAUUUUAAUAAUUUUAAGCACCAUGUGCAUUUACCAAAGAAGUUACUCCAUAAACAGAAUUUAUUCUCAGCAACAAUCACCUCUACUGAAAAUUAUAUGUGUAUGUUUGAUAAUCUUGUUGUAAAAUCUAUUUUCUUGAGAUAGAUAUAUUAUUAUAACUAUAACUGUAUUAUAAAUAAAUAAUUUUGCACAUGGCA